AUGGGUCUAUUUGGUCACACGCGCAUCUACGAGAGUGGAAUUGACCGCAGUCUCGACACACCUAGCACCUCUUGCACAUCCAUCAUGUCUAGCUCAAACCACACUCCCCCACCCAGCACACCCACCACCAUCGGCAACUCCACCAAUGCCACCAUCUCCGACACUGACACCACCGGCUUCUCCUGUCCACACCGCACCCGUACAUUCACCCCACGCAUCGGCCUGGUCGCUCCCUUGCGAAUCCCCCUGACAGAGGCUGGCGAACCGGUGCCUGGAGCACCAAAAUACACCAGAAGUAUCCGCCCAAACUGCCUUCACUUCAACUGCGCAUUCACCACCGCAUGCGUCUAUUAG